UCAUGAAGAGUUGACUGUGACCCUGACUGAACAACAAUAGUAAAACCCUCUGGUUGCUGUGGGGACCAUCUCUGGACUGAGCUAGGUUGGUCCUAAGCAGCUUUGCUGGCUGUAGAGUCCAGUGAUGGAAAAUCUGGUAAUAGUUUAAAAUCAGGGUGCCAUGUUUUAGGGGGGAUAUUGAUAAGCUGAAGAGUGUCCAGAUGAGAGCAGCUAGAAUGGUUAAGGGCUUUAGGUUUAUGCAUUAUGAGAAUAGAUUCAAAUGUGAGCAACUAGAGAAUAUUUAGCUUAAGGAAGAGAAGACUGGGGGAAUGGAGAGGAAGGCGUGUGUUCUGUCUUAGAAGAUUUAAAGGGUUCUCUCAAGGAAAAGGAAAUAGUCUUGUACUGCUGGGCCCCAGAUAAUAGAACCAAGAUCAGUGAGCGGAAGUAGAAAAGAGGAAUAUUCUAGCUUGAUAUAAAGAAAGUACCUCCUACCAGUGAAAGUUCUCUAGAAGUGGAACAGGCUGUAUUUUCUGGGAGGUUAAGGGCACUGUCCCAGCCAUUGCCUUGAGCUGCUGAGACAAGGCUUGUUGAGCAGUUGCUCCACAGGGUGUUACUCUUCGGUGGCAGUGGAUGGUAGGGAAGUCUAGGGGAUUAUUUGAGAAGUUUAGAUUUUUCCAUGUCUGUCCAUGAGCUGCUGGAAUUUUUCUUGGCGUUCUCCAGCUUGGGGCAAUAAUGCAAAGAGGGCAAGUGGUUGGUUGGGGAUCAGGAUGGAUCUAGAUGCCCCAGAGCCUUGUGACCCUUAGACCAUAGAACAUGUCUUGUGUUUGCACAUAUUUUGAACUGACACAUAAACAUGUUGUUUCCACAAUGGAACAGAAGCUCCUUGAGGACAGGGAUCCUUUCUGGUUUUGUCUUAUUGUCCCCAGCAUACAGCAAGUAAUGUUUGUUGACUGACUGAUUAUCCCAGUUAAGAUGCAAAUACAAUUGGGAGGAAUCAAGCAUAAAUCCAUUAAGGAGCUUUAACAUUUCAGUGCUAGAAUUUAUUAUUAUUAAGUGCUUUUUAAAUAGCAUUUGAUCAUGGAACUUUUAAAAAAUAAGCAUUUUGAUAACUUUCAAUAUAAUCCGCUUCCUUUGUAAUGCAUCUAAUUUUAUGUGUUUUAAAGUAUGAUUCUGAGAAGGGGCGCAUAAGCUUUGCCAGACUGCCCAAAGGGGCCCACACACCCAUGAAAGGUGAAGAACUCAUGGUUUGCCUCGAAGGGGACGGUCAACUGGGAUGAAAGAAGGGAAAAAAUUUGAGGGUUCUUUCUUGAGAUGGUGAGGGUAAGGUGGGGGUGCUGAAAGGGGAGGUGAGGGAGCACCGAAGUCAGACUUGGCAACUUCACAUUUGCCUUUACUGUCUCCCCGCAAAAAGUCUUCAUUUCUUCCUUCUCCAGUAAGAUCACUUGGCUCUACCUUUUGAAGACUAGACCAUGACCCUGAAUGAAGGGCUGCCAGACUCACACUCUGCCCAGGGAUUCUAUGAGAAGUAUGAACCCAAGGAGAUCCUGGGGAGGGGCGUGAGCAGCGUGGUGAGACGCUGCAUCCACAAGGCCACCAGGAAGGAGUAUGCCGUGAAGAUUAUUGAUAUCACGGCCGGCAACCUGAACCCCCAAGAGAUUCAGGAGCUGCGGGAAGCCACCAUCAAGGAGAUCGACAUCCUGCACAAGGUCUCCGGGCACCCCAACGUCAUCCAGCUGAAGGAUACUUAUGAGACCAACACUUUCUUCUUCCUGGUGUUUGAUCUGAUGAAGAGAGGUGAACUCUUUGAUUACCUCACCGAAAUGGUCACCUUGAGUGAGAAAGAAACCAGGAAGAUCAUGAGGGCCCUACUGGAGGUGAUCUGCUACCUGCACAAGCUGGACAUUGUACACCGAGACCUGAAGCCAGAAAACAUUCUCCUGGAUGAUGAUAUGAAUAUCAAACUCACUGACUUUGGAUUCUCCUGCCAGCUGGAACCUGGAGAGAAGCUCCGAGAGGUAUGUGGGACUCCCAGCUACCUGGCCCCCGAAAUCCUCGAGUGUUCUAUGAACGACAGUCACCCUGGCUACGGGAAGGAAGUGGACAUGUGGAGCACAGGUGUGAUCAUGUACACCCUCCUGGCCGGCUCACCCCCUUUCUGGCACCGAAAGCAGAUGCUGAUGUUGAGGAUGAUCAUGAGUGGGAACUACCAGUUUGGCUCUCCGGAGUGGGAUGAUCGAUCGGACACUGUAAAGGACCUUAUCUCCCGACUCCUGGUCCUGAACCCAGAGAAACGAUACACAGCCGAGGAAGCCCUGGAUCACCCCUUUUUCCAGCAGUAUGUGGUCCAGGAAGUCCGUCAUUUCAGCCCCAGGGGCAAGUUCAAGGUGAUCGCCUUGACCGUGCUCGCCUCGGUCCGAAUCUACUACCAGUAUCGGCGCAUGAAGCCGGUGACCCGAGAGAUCGUCCUCCGAGACCCGUACGCCCUGCGGCCCCUGCGGAAGCUCAUCGACGGCUGCGCCUUCCGCAUCUACGGCCACUGGGUGAAGAAGGGCCAGCAGCAGAACCGGGCCGCGCUCUUCGAGAACACUCCCAAGGCCGUGCUCCUCUCCCUGGCUGAUGAGGAAGCCUUCUGAGCGCCCCAACCCUGGUGCCCGCCACUGGCCGAGUGACUGCCCGGGAGCUCCCAGGGGGCCAGAGGAUUGGGACAGAGCCUGAGGAGCCAGCCCAAGGGUCCCAAUGUUAACUGAGGGGCGCUGGCUCUGACCCCUUCCCUGAGGGGCCUCCUGGGGAGGAGCAGGGCAUUCCCCUGCCUACCCACUAGGGCUCAAUCUGCAGGACCCAGCUGGAGGGCAAGGGUAAGGGCAAGGAGGAGUCAAGUUGGAAGGGGGGGCUUUGCCUUUCUGCUCUGGUCUCUCUGAAUGAUACUUCCUGAGCAGCCUAGGCCCCUCACCUCUUCUCCCCCUCUCCCCAGUUCUAUCAGAUAGCCAGUAGUAAGAAAUGCCCUGGAUUAGGGGUCUGGAAAGCCAGUGUUUAGUCUAGAUUUGGAUACUGACAAAUCAUGUACCCUGGGCCAAUCAGAACCAUAGCUUUGUUUAACAGUGAAAGAAUGGGUGGUACAAGGUCGGAGCUUCCAAUCAGAGCCCGGGGAUUUGAUCUGAUGACACUGGGGAUUCCAUGGGAAAAUUUAAAUCCAAGUGCUAUUUCCCCUUCUCAAAUAUGAUCUGCUGAGCUAAAAUAUUAAAUUUGUGCCUGAAAUAUAAAAUUACAUAUCAUAAAUGUUAUUUG